AUGACUUCCGCAGACAUUCCUUACUUGAUCAGUUGCCUUUCAAUUGAAGAGAAGGUCUCGCUCCUUUCCGGAGUGGAUACCUGGCAGACAAGAGACAUUCCGCGCCUAGGAAUCCGGUCGUUGAAAACGACUGAUGGCCCAUCCGGGGCUCGAGGCAAACUGCUGGUAGAUGGCUGUACCGCAGCCUUCGUCCCAGCCCCCAUUUGCCAGGCAGCGACAUGGUCCAAGGACCUUUGUCAGAGAUUGGGAGCAGUUCUUCGCCGCGAGGUGAAAUCCAAGGCUGCUUCCGUGUUACUCGCGCCCACCAUUUGCUGUGCUCGGAACCCUCUCGGCGGUCGCAAUUUUGAGUGCUAUGGGGAGGAUCCAUUCAUAAGCGGCACACUGGCUGUUCAAUACAUCAAAGGCGUCCAAGAGAUGGGAGAUGUGGUUGCCACAGUAAAGCAUUUCGUUGCCAACGAACAGGAGUAUGCUCGAUAUAGCAUCGAUGCUGUGAUAUCGGAAAAGGUCCUCCGUGAAAUCUAUCUCCGCCCUUUUGAGAUGGCGGUUCGCUCAGAGUCUCCCCCGGGCUGUAUUAUGACAUCCUACAACUGUGUCAACGGCCUACAUGCAGAUAUGCACCCACGCCUCCUACGCGAUAUUAUCCGGGAUGAAUGGAAGUUCGAGGGACUAGUAAUGAGCGACUGGGGCGGCACUAACUCGACUUGGGAGAGCUUUAUGGCGGGUUUGGAUCUGGAAAUGCCUGGCCCGCCGGACCUACGGGGAGGAAAGCUCCUCAAGUUGAUCAAGGAGUCCAACGAUCCAGCAGUCACGGCUCGUUUGGAUGAGUCAGUGUUUCGCAUGCUCUCUCUCCUUGAAAAACUGAACCUUUUAGGUAUGACCGAGGAGGCGGCUAGGCAAUCGCGUCAACAGCCGGAGACAUCCGCGACGACGGUCGAAAAUAUCAAGCUUAUCCGCGAGGUCGCUGCUUGUGGUAUAGUCCUGCUUAAAAACUCGGCCAAGAUGCUCCCACUCGUGCCCAAAAGGCUUCACGGGAAGAGAGUCGCUUUCAUAGGCCCGAAUGCGAAGAAGGGCACACCAGGAGGGGGUGGCUCCGCCUCAAUGAAUCCGCAAUACUUGAGCCAUCCCAUGGACGCUUUCAAGUCGCUCUGCGAGUCGCGAGGCAUCAAUGUGACUGUCAGCCACGCACCCGGCGCCUAUACGUUCAAAUGGCUGCCUGCGUUGUCGGCUUCGCAGUGGUCCGUAGAAGGAGGAGGCAAGGUCAUGAGAAUCGAUUACUUCAAGUCGAUUGAUCUCUCAGGCCCCGUGGUCUCAACACAGUUCCGGGAAAAUUCGAACAUCGAGCUCACCGAUAGCGCUCCCCUUCCGAUGCAAACAGACCCAGUUCACCCUUACUCCUUCAGAGUUCAAUCUACCCUCAUCCCAUUGACAACUGGCGUCCAUCGUUUCAGCCUUACGAGCGUUGGACGGGCAAGGCUCUAUGUUGAGGGUGAGCUGGUGGUGGACAAUUCGGACUGGACAAAGAUUGGAGAAUCCUUCUGGGGCUUUGGCAGUGUGGAGCUCAUCGGUGAAGCAAAUCUCACUGCCGGGCAGGGCUAUGCUGUUGUGGUGGAAUGUUGGUCAGACCCAAAAUCUCCCGCUGCCCUGAUCGAAGAUGUCAACCCCGUCUUCACAGCACACCCAUCUGUUCGCAUUGGUUACCAGGAGCAACUAUCCGAGACCACGAUAUCGGAUGCUGUCAGCCUUGCCAAUCAGAGCGAUGUUACAGUUGCAGUGUUUGGACUUAAUGACGAGUGGGAAAGCGAGGGAUACGACAGAUCCUCCAUGGCCCUCCCAGGGAAUCAGAAUGAGUUAAUUUUGGCCCUUAUCGAGAACUUCAAGGACCCUGAAAGCCUCAUCUUUGUCAACAAAUCCGGGUCACCUGUCGAGAUUCCGUGGAUAGACCGCAUACAUACUUUCGUACAGUCAUGGUAUGGUGGCCAGGAGGCUGGUAACGCACUCGCCGAUGUUCUACUAGGCAUGGUUAAUCCUUGUGGACGACUUCCUCUCACGUGGCCAAAGCAAUAUUCGGACCUCUCCUUCUCAUCCGACUUACAGACUUGGCCAGGCUCCGAUGGCAAGGUCAUCUACAAAGAACAAUCACAGAUUGGUUACCGCUGGUUCAUGCACAGCAAGGUUCGUCCUCAGUGGUGGUCCGGGUUUGGGCUGAGCUACACCCAGUUCUUCUUCUCAUUGGCCGAGCCCAUCGAGCAUCAGGAUUACUGGCAGGUUUUGGUGUGUGUCAAGAACGUUGGGAGCAUGCAAGGGACGUCCGAACCUGAAGACAUCAUUCUAGUCUCGUUUGAAAGCACGCCCCUCAUCGAUGGUAGAAAAGAGGGAUAUGGCUCGUUGGGAUGA